GCUGGUACUACUUAACUGCUUAUAUCGCUUAGCUUGCCUCCGUUAUCUCUUGUAGGUACCCGUAUUAGUUUUGUAGCAGACUUUCUUGAACUUGACAACGCUAGAAUUACAAAUUGCAGUGAAGACUUAACAGAAACUGGAAGCGGUCGAAAACGUGCAUUUUAAUGUACUUGCUAUCUGUGAUAAACGAACAAUUCACACUAAAAUGAGUGGACCACGCUACGCUGAAAUCGGGUUGAACCAGCAGACAUCCAGCGACAAUGACGAAUUACAACGCCAGGAGCGGGAAUGUCUGCAAGCGCUGUUGACGGACGAGGAAUUCCAACGGUCCGAUACUGGAUCUGGUGGUAUCCUGAAUGUGGCUUUAUCUGCUGCAUUUUCCACGGAAAUCUUCGCGAUACCCGGCGAAAAAUGUGAUCAACUCCAAGAAGUCUUUCAAACAUUCUGUGAUUCGAUGUCUUCCAGCAGCGAAGAUGCCAAAAAGCAUUUACUGGAAAAAUUCGCUGAGCUUCGUUCCUCUGUGAUCAGGCAUUUGCCCAGCGUUCGCGUUGUCUUUCAAUAUCCCGGAUCUUAUCCGUCUGAAUCUCCGCCGAUCGUCCAGGUUUCGUGUUCCUGGAUGACGGGCUCAACUCUGCGUCUGCUGGAAAAGCAGAUUGAAGUAUUAUGGAAGCACAACGGUCGUCUGGCUGUGAUGUACGAUUUCUACGAGUACCUCCGGAAUAUUCUGGAUGAAGCAACGGUUUUCCCUUUGGGACACUGUCUGUUGCUGAUUCCCCAGGGUGCUCAAUUCACUCAAGUCGACUGCGCCAAUAUUUUGCCCGUUCAUAAUCCAGUGACCUUUGCGGCACAACUGCUGACCUACAGUAAUCAACGAGAAGAAGUCGUUUUUGCCCGUGAAUUUCACCAGUGUCCGGUGUGCUUUGAAUCACAUCUGGGGAAGAAUUUCCUGAAGCUUCAGAAUUGCGGCCAUCGCUGCUGUCAAGCGUGUUUGAAGAGACACUGUGAGACGCAGAUCGCGGAAGGGACAACGUGGCUGGUCAACUGUCUGGUGUGCCAAGCGGAGCUCCAUCCCUCCGAUGUCUCAGCUUUGAUCUCCGAAGAAAAGCAAGACAAAUUCCAACGCCUGCAAUUGGACACAGCGUUGACCCGGAUGGGUGAUGUCGUCUACUGUCCGCGUCCACAGUGUAACUCGGUCGUCAUUCGGGAUGGUGACAUUGGUCAGUGUCAGUGCGGAUUUGUCUUUUGCACACUCUGUGAGCGAAGUUCACAUGGAAUUCAACCGUGCUAUCGGGAGAAUGCACGAGAAAGCGGUAUUACUAAUCGUGGGUGGUGGCCAACAGAUGUCAGCGCUGAAGAACGGGACACGGAUGCUGAAUACGUUCGCGAUAGGCUCCUAACGUCCAUCAUGGAAACCGGGUUACUGGCCAAUGUCAAACGCUGUCCACGUUGUGUCACAUACAUUCAAAAAAUUAGUGGAUGCAAUCAUGUGGUAUGCCGUUGUGGACAGCACUUCUGCUGGGCUUGCCGACAAUUCCUGUCCUCACAUGAUCCGUACGCCCAUUUCCGCAACAACGCCGAUCCCCUCUGUAACGAUUAUUCGGCCGGUGGAGUGGAUGUUGGUAAUGCUGCUGUUACCAGGGCGGUUGAUGCUUUAGUGGACGAACUGCUUCCCACGCCGGAGUUGUGGUUCGACACCACCGUGGUCGAAAAGCGGCUGCGGGAGUUACUGUUAAAUGUGCGAACGGUCCAAAUGGAUGCCGCAGAUCGUGAUGGUGAUGAUCAGGACGAGAUCGCCCCAAUUUAACCAGAGAACUGGUUUAUAUAUUCAUUAUUUACGAAGGACAGUUCUAACGUGAGGGGAGACUGCAUGUUCUAUCUUUCUUUCAGACAAAUUAACUUGUGAUGCUUACUACAUAAUUGCUAUACAUUGUAGUUAUUUAACAGUGGUGUCCGGGUCAUUACAUGCAAGAUUGUAAAGUUCUCCCGAUGGUUGGAAUGUUGAAGAUAAUUAUAAUAACAAAACUUAAGCGCGCAGCGCAACAUAAAA